AGAUUUAGGAAGUAAAGAUCACAGGAUGGGAAACAAAAGCUCCAGCUCCCAGGAGUUCUGGACACUGCGGGAGAGUGGGGUGACAUGAGUGACUCCAAGGAACCAAGACUGCAGCAGCUGGGCCUCCUGGAGGAGGAACAGCUGGGAGGCGUUGGAUUCCGACAGACUCGAGGCUACAAGAGCUUAGCAGGGUGUCUUGGCCAUGGCCCCCUGGUGCUGCAACUCCUCUCCUUCACGCUCUUGGCUGGGCUCCUUGUCCAAGUGUCCAAAGUCCCUAGCUCCCUAAGUCAGGGACAAUCCAAACAAGAUGCGAUCUACCAGAAUCUGACCCAGCUUAAAGUUGCAGUCAGUGAGCUCUCAGAGAAAUCCAAGCAGCAGGAGAUCUACCAGGAGCUGACCCGGCUCAAGGCUGCAGUGGGUGAGCUUCCAGAGAAAUCUAAACAGCAGGAGAUCUACCAGGAGCUGACCUGGCUCAAGGCUGCAGUGGGUGAGCUUCCAGAGAAAUCCAAGCUGCAGGAGAUCUACCAGGAGCUGACCCGGCUCAAGGCUGCAGUGGGUGAGCUUCCAGAGAAAUCUAAGCAGCAGGAGAUCUACCAGGAGCUGACCCGGCUCAAGGCUGCAGUGGGUGAGCUUCCAGAGAAAUCCAAGCAGCAGGAGAUCUACCAGAAGCUGACCCAGCUGAAGGCUGCAGUCGAUGGCUUGCCAGACAGGUCCAAGCAACAGGAGAUCUACCAGGAGCUGAUCCAGCUGAAGGCUGCAGUGGAACGCCUGUGCCGCCCCUGUCCCUGGGAGUGGACAUUCUUCCAAGGAAACUGUUAUUUCAUGUCUAACUCCCAGCGGAACUGGCACAACUCCAUCACCGCCUGCCAGGAGGUGGGGGCCCAGCUCGUCGUAAUCAAAAGUGCUGAGGAGCAGAACUUCCUACAGUUGCAGUCUUCCAGAAGUAACCGCUUCACCUGGAUGGGACUUUCAGACCUACAUCACGAAGGCACAUGGCAAUGGGUGGAUGGCUCACCUCUGUUGCCCAGCUUCAAGCAGUAUUGGAACAAAGGAGAGCCCAACAAUAUUGGGGAGGAAGACUGUGCGGAAUUUAGUGGCAAUGGCUGGAACGAUGACAAAUGCAAUCUUGCCAAAUUCUGGAUCUGCAAAAAGUCAGCGGCCUCCUGCUCCGGGGAUGAAGAACGGUUGCUCUCCCCAGCCCCUACCACCCCAAACCCCCCUCCUGAGUAG